AUGGCAGAGGCCACAGAAACGAUCCUGGUUCGAGAAGCCGGGGGAGAGAGGAAACGCUUCUUCAUCCCGAGACCGCGCCGCAUCGACCAUCAAACUCAAACGAGCGUGCCAGAAUUCAGCAAGAUUAUGAAAGACCAUUUCGGUCUAUUCGCAGCUUCAACGCCUUCGACUGGCACUUACAUGCAGCCUGGACAGGACAUCGACCCAACCUCCUUUGUCUCGCCCUGUCCACCCCAAAACACUCCGUCUCACCAACCUAUUCCAGGACAAGACAUUUGCGAGUGUUGUGAGGAUAUUGAUAUUCCGAGACUCUUUGGACACGGAAACGUAAGGCGAUAUCUGAUGAGGGAUGCCAGGGCCAUCUUCCAAUGUAUGCAAUGCGCUCUUUGUCGACUGCUCACUGGAGGGUUCCAAUCGACCAUCGGCUUGACAUUGGCGGAAACGUGCAAUCUACCCAUUCAGCUGCACGUGGUCUUGACCAGUGUUCAAGCCGUUCUUCCCUUGGUGAAAGGGGCGGAGCGACAGCACGAACUGCAAGCUUAUGUCCUCGACGAAGAAGGUUCUCGAAUGGGAGAGGCUUCCAUGCGGCUUUUGGGUGAUGCUGCAACGAAGAUUGGCAGGUCGAAGGCAUUCAAAGGCAGACUGAUUGACCCAGCUGCAGUGGACUUCUCCUUGGCCCGUGAGUGGCUCCAUGAGUGCGACACCGGACAUUACCCAAAGCAUGGUUUGGCAUCUCCGAGUGAGAUAAGGCAGAGUUCUCCGAGAGGAGAUUCAGGUCACCAUAGCGACGUCUCUAACGGGUUAGUGGUUGUCGAUGUCCACGAAAGGUGUCUCAAGCAGUUGCCUCCAAACUCCAGGUUCUUGACCUUGAGCUACACCUGGCCACUGUUUGACACUUUGAAGCUCAACCGGGCAAACCAUCGAGCACUGAUGGCGCCAGGUGCGCUCGCAGACAGCAACCAGAGGAUAUCGAACGUCAUCCGCGAAGCAAUGAGCGUUGUUGAACGAUUGGGCGAGAAGUAUAUCUGGAUCGAUGCGCUGUGCAUCACACAGGACGACGACGAUAUCAGAAGCGGUCUUAUCUCUCGCAUGGAUCAGAUCUAUGGCGAUUCGUAUCUGAACAUAAUCGUAGCCACUGCUUCCACUGCUGGCGAUGAUUACUCCAUCCCGGGCGUUGGAACAUCCAGACUUUCGCAGCAGGUCACGGAAGAGCUUGAUGGCCUGCGACUCGUAACGGCACUUAAAGACUACAAUGCAGCUCUCGAGAAAUCCCGAUGGGCGACGAGAGGGUGGAUUUUCCAAGAAGGGUUGCUCGCAGAACGAUGUCUCGUCUUCACCGAUGACCAGAUGUACUUUAGAUGCAAAAGCGAUUAUAGGUGCGAAGAUGCGACAUGCGAGGGAAUUGUGGCAGGCUUCAGCUCCCAUCCAGCAAGGCCGAGGCAGAGAGAAAGCAAGCUCGAUUUCUUGAUGACCUUGGACUUCCACGACAACGUCUGCAAGGGGGUAUUCUUCCCCGAGUACGGACAACUGGUACGGGAAUACUCGAAACGGUCGCUCACGAACGAGUCCGACAUUUCGGAUGCGUUUACUGGAAUUUUGAAUGUCCUGAGUGGUUGCUCUGGUUGUGACUUUUUCCAUGCCAGGCCCGUGACAAGUCUUGAAAGAUCAAUGAUGUGGUAUCCCAUAUAUCCUGGAGAACGACGUCCAGGGUACCCAUCUUGGUCUUGGCUCGGAUGGCGUGGUCCUGUCGACUUUGAGACCGACAUCAUCAAGCGGAAAGAUGAAGAAGUGUGUCAGCCUCUGGUUUGGUGGUUCAUCUUUGUUGACUUUCGAAUGCAUCCUGUACGACCUGAUACUCCGCCGAACAUCGAGCUAUCCAUUCGGGAACUGUUUGGCUGUUUCGUUCCACAGCUGAUCCUCGAGCCGUCGAGCAUCAUCGCCCAAGCAGCUGUCGUUCGACGAAGAUUGCGUGUGCCAGAAGAGCACAUAUGCUCCUUUGUGACCGUCCUAGAACAGACAUUGCCAUUUUUCGCCAUACUGGACCGAGAUAAUCGAGCCUGUGGAUUUCUUCCCUCGGUCGAUCGAAACUUUGCUAGAGGAUAUGCAGCUGAUCAAAGCCUCGGGAUUGAGCUCGCAAUACUAGCAGAGACGCCUUUGUGCAAGGCAGAUACUCUGCACGACCGCGCACGUUUUUUCCAUGAAGAUUAUGAUUUGACGAGCCCGACUGCCCGGCUAUGUUCGGUCAUGCUCAUCACGUACGAUGGCAGAGGAAUUGCUUCUCGCCGCGGGGUGGGCAAGAUUCAUAAGGACUCAGUUGAUGCUGAGCUUGCUGAGGAUGCCUCAAGAAGGAUCCUGGCGCUUGGAUGA